AUGGAGUACAGCUCGGCGUCUUCGCUGCUGCUGGAGCAUGUGGUCCGUUUCCUCGAUGAGAUUGCCAAGGUUGACCUCUGGCCUCUCGGUGUCGCAUUAGGCCCCGCGUUUACCGGCACAAGGUUCGACAGAGGCUGCUUUGAGGACCGCAACAAAGCGAAGAUGUCGUCGGUUGUGAACACCCUUGAAUACGUCCUGUUCGCAGUUCUGGUCGUGGGAAAUUUUUCCCUGGGGCUUUACUUCUCCUUCCGCAAACAUGGGCGACAUGCUGGUCGAACUUCCGCUUUGCUGGAAGUGUUCCUCGGCAGCCGGACACUGAUGAUGCUUCCGCUGGCCGCUUCAAGUGUGGCCUCUGUCCUUUCCUCAGUAGGGCUUGUCGCCAUACCUGCCCACUAUUACGCCUACGGCUGGCAUCUCAUGUGGGCGUGCACAAUGCCGCUAUUUCUUUUCCCACUGGCUACGCACGUGUUUGUACCUGUAGUCUACCGCCUCGAAGUGGCAUCAAUCUUUGAGUACAUCCGUCUGAGAUUCAACAGCACGAUAUCAAUAACCGCAUGUGCCAUUUACAUCAUUUUGACGCAAAGUAUCGGCGCUAUCUCUAUUUUCGCAGCGUCCUUGGCAAUUCAAACAGUAUUCCACACGCCUAUCCUGUGGUGCAAUGUAGCGAUUGGAUUAUCGGGCACUGUCUACACAGCACUGCGCAUCGUUACACUUCAGAACUACCACAAAGGUUUAAUCAUGUUCAUGGAUGUUGGUCGUCGGGACAUAGAUGUCCCACCAGCCGUGGGACGUGGGGUGCAGGUGUAG